AUGGAGAACAAGUUACCCCAUGACGAAAUGAUCAAACUGGCCGCCGAGUUUAACGACGAGAUGGUCCAACUUAACCGUGCACAACGCGAAAAAUUCAACGUCCCCAUUCGUCACCCCAAAGAAGACCAAGCACCGCAGAUAACCACAGAAGAUGUGCGCCGUAAACAAAUUGAGAAUGACCUUGGUAUCACGUCGGGUUCUUUCAAGUUCAAAAAGACAAAAACAAAACACGAAGAUAUAAUACCCGACAAGCCCGAAUCAAAACGGCCAAAAGAAGAUGCCAACGAAAUUGUUGACAUCAAAAAACCUUUGGAGAUGAAAAAGGUUGAAGACACAUCUCUCUCUGACAAACUCGCAGCAUUCGAGCUCUCUCUCAAAGAUUUUGAUAUGGAUUGA